AUGAAAAAAUAUCUCAAUUCUUUCAAGCAAAUUGUAGGAGUAUAGAAUAUGAUAACAGAUCCAUUCGAUCUUAAACCUUUGAAUUAAGAUUGGUAGAGAUUCUAUUAAGGUAAAUCAGAAUUAGCUGUUACUCCUACUUCAACAAAGAUGGUGAGUGAAGUCUUAUAAUUUUGCAAUUAAAAUAAUAUUAAAGUAGUACCAUAAGGAGGCAAUACAAGUUUUGUAGGAGGUGCAACUCCAGUAUAGGAUGAAUUGAUUUUGAGUCUAAGAAAGAUGAAUAACAUAUUGGAAUUUGAUACCACAACAUCUAUAGUAACAGCUGAGUCUGGAGUCAUAUUGUAAACUAUGAAUGACUAUUUGCAAGCAUAUAGAUGUAUAAAAUUAAAUUGAUUUAGAUUAAAUGCCUUGGGAUUUGGGAGCAAGAGGAUCAUGUUAAUUAGGUGGAAAUAUUGCUACAAAUGCAGGAGGAUUAAAUGUUGUUAAGAAUGGACCUUUGAGAAAUUAUAUUUUAGGAUUAGAGGUUGUUUUACCAAGUGGAAAGAUCUUAAAUUUAUUAAAUAAAAAUAGAAAAGAUAACACUGGAACUGAUUUAAAAUAAUUAUUUAUUGGAUCUGAAGGAACAUUAGGCAUUAUUACUUAAGCUAAUGUUUUGUGUACUCCAAUUCCUGAAUAGAGACAAGUAUUCUUUUUGGAAUUGAAGGAUUUUGAUGAGGUUAUAUAUUUGUUGAGAUCUGCAAAAUAAUUUGAAUAAUUGGGAGCAUUUGAAUUCAUGGAGGGGAGAAUCUUGUAAAGAUGUUUGCCUUUUAAUCCAUAAUUAAAGGCUCCAUUUGAAUUUAAAGAUGAUAAAUAUUAUGUUUUGAUUGAGAUUUGUGGUUAGUAGAUAGAAUUGGAGUAUUAUUUUGAGCGUUUAUUGAAACACACAGAAUAGAUAGUUUUUAAUUAAAAUGAAUCUGAAUUACAGGCUAUGUGGAGAUGGAGAGAGAGUGUGCCAGAAAAUUUACAUAAGAUGGGACAUGUAUUGACUUAUGAUCUUAGGUAAAUGAAUAUUAUAAUAUUGUUAGUAUACCUCCUGAUAAAUUUGAAUGGUUUGCAGAGUAAGUGUAUUAUGGAAGGAAGGGGCCUUAUAAUGCAUUUUAUGGACAUUUAGGAGAUGGAAACAUACAUUACAAUAUUAUAUUUGAAAGUGUGGAUGAGAUGCAUAAGGAACAACACAGAGUAGAAGAGAAGAUUAUUAAAUUAACAAAGGAUUUGAAUGGAUCUAUAAGUGCUGAACAUGGGAUAGGGUAAUUGAAGCGACAUUAUAUGGAAGUUUAGAAGGGAAAGGAAACUUUUGGAUAUAUGUAGGAAUUAAAGAGACUAUUUGAUCCUAAUAACAUUCUAAAUCCUGAAAAGUUAUUGUGA